AUGACCUGCGAAUCUUCACCAGACAAAACAUCACAGCGGAGGAGGCGGCAGAAUGCCCUGGCUCAGCGGAAUUAUCGCGCACGGCAGAGGGAAAGAAGAAGGGUACUGGAACGUUUCGCUGUCUCUCGUAUCCUCUUGCCAUCUUCCCUGGAAGUCUCAUGCACGCAUGAUUAUGGCGUAGCAUAUGCGCAACCAGCCUCGCAGCAGAAUCUCGGAUCAACCCAGUUGACAAGAAGAACCAUCUCUUCUACCUCGGCCGACACGGGCUUCCACCCUCUAGGCAUCACACGAGGAUUUACCGCCACCGACUUCUUCUCCUGUAUCGGUUCCUACCCCGAGAGGGAACGUCGUACUUUUUUCUUGUUAAUGACCAAAGAGCUAUUCGGCAUCCGGGACAUUAUCAAAUAUGGCCUCAUCUUCUUGGGAUACCCCGUGAGCUCAUCACUCUACAACAACGCUAUGCAUGUUCCGAUGAGCCAAUGGCUACAGGACCUUCAGCAGAGUCUAGGCGACUUUGAUUUUGGAGAAGCCAUCAAAGCUGGCAUAAGCGUCCUCGGAAAGUUAAACAUACCUUCGGGACGUAAUUCCAGGAUUCACGAGAUAGUUGCAUCUCCUCUUCGGGGUCAGGUCGCAGAUUACAUCCUCCUAUGUCGAGUUUCAUUCGUGUCCGCCGUGUUCAUGAAUGCACUCCACCUGGGAAUCCCGUGGUACGACCUCAUAUCUUUUGAAUCCGAAUCACCUUUUUCUCGUCUAAGAGAGCAACUCGUACAAAGGGAGAGCUCGGAGGAUGCCGAUCAGGCCGCUCAAAUACGACUGGCGUUUGGAGAUCAUCUAAAGGGUAUACAGCCUGACCUUGUGCCCACAGACGCACAGCUCACUAUCCAUCAUCAUCCAACAUUAGACACAAUCCCAUGGCCAGGCUUUCGUUCCAAAGUCAUUGCUGCGGUCCACUCAGAUCCCCCGUCAAUUGACAGAGAAGACUUCUGUCUCGACUUGCUCAAUGACGGUCUUCGAUGCUGGGGCUUUGCUGACGGCAACUCGUUUCCUUCGGCAGCACCUUGGGAUGCCCAGAACUGGGAAGCAGCUCCGUGGUUUUUGGAGAAGUGGGAGCAUCUUACUGACGGGAGAGAUGGGGAUGAGUGGAAGAUAAGUGCUCGGUGGUGGUCUAUGGGCGCAAGGAGGAAUGUAUGA